AUGGCCUACAUCAGCUAUCAAGACUGGGCUGUAGGUGGCCUGUGCAGCAGAGCUGAUAUCGAUGAAGACUUGGUCCUGAGGGAAGAAUUCCUCAUAAUAGUUCUGUUUUCUCUUGAAUGGCUUAUCUUUGUGGGAUUUCUUGGUUUCCUGAUAUUCCAGAUAAUCUUGCAAAUCUUUUGGCAAAAUGAUGAGAAGCAGGAGGUGGAUGACAUCGCCAUGUUGCAGGAGCAGGAAGAAAAGGGAGAUGAAUAUGGAGUGAAUAAAUAUGAAGAAGAUGGUGAAUUUGAGUUCCAGUGCGGCGAGCAUUUCUAUGAGGACUUGGACUUCGUGGAGUACGUGAACGAAGAAGACAGCGAAGAGGAGGAUGACGAUGAUUCAGGAACUUCAAGUGUCUGUUUAACUGUUGAUAGACUCCUGAAUGAGGAAGUUAAGUAUAAGCUGUCUUACUACUUUCAUGACCUUGGCAUUCUGGAGUCACAAUCAGUGGUCACUGAUGAACCAAUUGCAUCUGAGUGUGAAACAUCAGAUGAAGCAUUUGAAGGAAUUUCAGAUGAGGAGCAAUGGGGUGAUGAUAAAAGUGGAGACUCAGAAGGAGGGCCUUUUGAUGACCGGUACUAUGAGGAUGAUCACUCUCCAGAAUGCUACUUUCCUGUGUAA